GCGGGGGGCGGCUCGGCGGCGGGUCUGCGGGCCCCAUGGGCGGGUGUGUGGGCUCCCACCACGACUCCUCGGGCAGCCUCAACGAGAACUCGGACGGCACCGGAGUGGCUCUGGGUCGGAACCAACCCCUGAAGAAGGAGAAGCCCAAAUGGAAGAGCGAUUACCCGAUGACGGACGGGCAGCUGCGCAGUAAGAGGGAUGAAUUUUGGGACACAGCCCCAGCUUUUGAGGGCAGGAAGGAGAUUUGGGAUGCCCUCAAAGCUGCUGCCCACGCCUUCGAGAGCAACGACCACGAACUGGCACAAGCCAUCAUCGACGGUGCAAACAUAACGCUACCCCAUGGUGCUCUUACGGAGUGUUACGAUGAACUGGGCAACCGCUACCAGCUCCCCGUCUACUGCCUUGCCCCACCCAUCAACAUGAUCGAGGAGAAGGGUGACCUGGAGACUCUGGAUAUUCCUGACCCCCCUCCCAACUCCGGGCACGAGUGCCAGCUCCGCCUGCGCCUGUCCACGGGCAAAGACCUGAAGCUGCUGGUGCGCAGCAUGGACACCGUGUACCACAUGAAGCGGCGGCUGCACGCCGUGGAGGGAGUGGAGCCGGGCAGCCAGCGCUGGUUCUUCUCUGGGAGGCCCCUGGCAGAUAAAAUGAAACUGGAGGAGCUGAAAAUCCCAAAGGACUACGUGGUGCAAGUCAUCGUGAGCCAGCCCUUAGCAAAUCCCACCCCGGUGGAAAACUGAUUUCUGCUCGUUCUGGUGGUUCUUCUCUCCUGCGUCUCUGUUGUGGGGUUUGUUUUCAGUGGCCUCUCUUCUCUUUGGGGUUGUCCUGCUCGUGGAUGGGUUGCAAGAAAUGACCAGCAAAAAAUUCCAUCUGUGAUGGAGAUCUGCAAAAACGUAAAAAUGAAACCUGGCCUCUGGGGUUUGCCUGAUCUCGUAUUGAACACGACAGCAAGAGCAGCAGGGCAAGGGCAAAGGGAAGGGAAAAGAGGGAGGGAAGAGAUUGUUCACUUAAUACAGACAUGUAAUGAUCCUGAAACCAUCAGUGGUGUCCUGAUCCCUGAGGCCAGAGCAACAGAGAGCACUUUUAUCUAAAAAAACCAACUUUGAACCGAAUCAAAUCUCCAGUUGUGUCUCAGCAGCACACCCAGUUCCUGCAGGAAGGAGCCGCUCACGGGGAUCCCUCCGGCUCUGACGAGGCACAGCCAGCCCUGGGCAGUGGAGCUGGGCUGGGCUUUGCUCUCUGGCAGCUCCUGGUGAUGCUCAGAGCAAGCAAUUGUACAUUCCAAGGUGGCAGUGCAGCCCUGUGCCACCGCUGGCUCAGGCAAUAACUCAGCCCUGUCUGCUCUGUACUGUAAAUUCUGCUCCAGCCCUGGCUCAGCCUCAGCCCCGGGGGCACCUGGGGCUGCUGAGCUUGGGUGAGCCAUGAGGAGCAGCCCCCCUGUCCCAGCGCAUCCCAAAGGGACUGAAUUCCUGCCAGGAGCCGUGCCUGCAGCUCCCUGUGCUCCCCUGCAGGGCUCAGAGCAUGCAGGUGCAUUGCAGCUCCCCUGCAGGGCACAGGGCAUUGCAGCUCCCCUGCAGGGCUCAGAGCAUUGCAGCUCCCCUGCAGGUGCAUUGCAGCUCCCCUGCAGGGCACAGGG